UGCUGAGCGCUUUCUUUCUUACCGCUUCUGAGUUGAUAGGCAUCCAAGAUGGUGGCCCGGCAUCUAAAAUCAAAGUGAGGCUGCGCAGCAACGCUAGCUCCGCCCAAACCCGGAAGUGCGUUUCUGCCGUAGGUUGAGCCGCUGUACGACCGCUUUUCGGAUAGCGGGUUUUCAUCCGCCGUGGGCUACCAUGGCGGCAGCCGCCGAGCUGCAGGGGAAGUACCAGAAGCUGGCGCAGGAAUAUUCUAAGCUUCGGGCUCAGAAUCAGGUACUAAAAAAAGGCGUUGUGGAUGAACAAGCAAACUCAGCAUCCCUGAAGUUGAAAAUGAAGGACCAGUCACUCAGAAAACUGCAACAGGAAAUGGACAGCUUGGCCUUUCGAAAUCAGCAGUUGGCCAAGAGGGUAGAGCUGCUUCAGGAUGAACUUGUAUUAAGUGAAUCAAAAGGCAAGAAGAAUAAGAAAAGUGCAGAAACUUCCUUUCAGCUGAGCCAAGAACAGAAGAAUGUCUUUGAUGAAGACCUUCAAAAGAAGAUAGAAGAAAAUGAGCGACUGCAUAUUCAGUUCUUUGAGGCAGAUGAGAAACACAAACGUUUGGAAUCAGAACUGCGGAGCAGACUGGAGGUCUUGGAGAUGGAGGCUGCGCAGCACCAGGCGGUGGUGGAUGGCCUAACACGGAAGUACAUGGAUACGAUAGAGAAACUGCAGAAUGACAAGGCCAAAUUAGAAAUUAAAUCUCAAUCUCUAGAGAGGGAAGCCAAGGAUUGCAGAGUUCGAACAGAAGAAUGCCAGCAGCAGCUAAAGAAUCUGCAUUCUGACUUGGCUAGCAGGUUGGAUGAAUCUCUACGCGUUAUCCGUGAAAAAGUACCUUUCAAUGACACAAGAUCUAGCCAGUUCAAUGCUCUGAAUGUCCCAUUACACAACAGACGACGCCAGUUGAAGCUACGUGACCUUGUUGGCCAGGCACUGUCUUUUGUUCACGAUCUGGUAACGGCUCUUCUGAAUUUCCACACCUACACAGAGCAACGAGUCCAGAUUUUUCCAGUUGAUUCUGCCACAGACACUAUAUCACCAUUAAACCAGAAGUUCUCACAGUAUCUCCAUGAAAAUGCAUCCUAUGUUCGCCCUCUGGAGGAAGGAAUGCUGCUCUUGUUUGAGAGUAUCACAGAGGACACUGUCACAGUGCUGGAAACAGCUGUGAAAUUGAAAUCUUUUUCUGACUACCUAACGUCUUACGUCCACUUUCUCAGGAAGAUUCUUCCAUACCAGUUGAAAAGUUUGGAAGAAGAGUGUGAAUCUUCUCUUUGCACAGCUGCGCUAAGAGCCAGGAACACAGAGCUCCAAAACGACAUGAAGAAACUGACAGCCAUCUUUGAGAAGCUGCACACGUAUAUUAGUCUUCUUGCCUUACCGAGCACAAAGCCAGACCAACUGCUUCGGAGAAACUUCAGCUCAGUGUUUACACAUAUUGCUUCAGCUCUUCAUGGAUUUCAUGAUAUCAUGAAAGAUAUUUCCAAGCAUUAUAGUCAAAAAGCUGCCUUGGAGCAUGAGCUCCCAACAGCCACGCAGAAGCUAAUAACCACCAACGACUGCAUCUUGUCCUCUGUGGUGGCGUUAACGAAUGGAGCAGGCAAGGUUGCCUCAUUCUUCAGCAACAAUUUGGACUGCUUCACUUCCUCACUGAGCUAUGGGCCCGAGGGUGGAACAGAGUUUAUCAACCCCCUCUCAGCUGAAUGCAUGCUUCAGUACAAGAAGAAAGCUGCUGCCUACAUGAAAUUGCUGAAGAAGCCGUGCUGUGAUUCCGUGCCUUAUGAAGAAGCCUUGGCCAACCGCAGAAUUCUUCUGAGUUCCACUGAGAGCAGAGAAGGCCUUGCGCAGCAGGUACAGCAGAGUUUGGAGAAGAUUGCCAAACUGGAGCAGGAAAAAGAGCACUGGAUGCUGGAGGCCCAGCUAGCCAAAAUCAGGCUGGAGAAAGAGAAUAGAAAGGUGGCCGAUAAGCUCAAGAACUCUGGUGGUACCCAAUCGAUCGAGGCCAGCCCUGAAAGUCCCCUUUUGCUGAACGCAGCUGAGCAGGAAAAAGAGGUCGGCACAGAGAAGGUUCUGAGGGAGCCUGUUAAAAGCACAAGUUUGGUUGGUAUGCUAACAAUGACUGCUUGCAAUGAAGAGGGUCCAGAAGCUGAUACCCGGGAAGAUUUGAUAAAGAACCACUAUAUGGCAAGGAUAGUGGAACUUACGUCUCAAUUGCAACUGGCUGAUAGCAAGUCAGUGCAUUUCCAUGCAGAGUGUCGAGCACUUGCAAAGCGACUUUCUUUAGCUGAGAAAUCUAAAGAAUCAUCAACAGAAGACAUCAGGCUAGCUAGACAGAGCAUCACCAGAUUACAGGAUGAGUUGAUGACAACCAAGAGAAGUUAUGAAGAUCAGUUAAGUAUGAUGAGUGACCACCUGUGCAUUAUGAACGAAACGCUAUCCAAACAACGGGAAGAAAUAGAUACACUAAAGCUGGCAAGUAAGGGAAAUUCCAAGAAGAAUAAAAGUCGAUAGUAUCAAUCAGUCAGCUGUCUUUCGGAUCUUGAUGCUGCACAGUGACAGAGAUGCUGGAAGUGUUCAGUUGGCCGAUGUCUCCUGACUGGACAUGGCUGCACUGGUGGGCUUAGACACCUGUAAAUUGGUGUUGUGUAUGGAUUUGAGACCACGCCAGCUUGGAUAGGCAUAAAGCAAACCGAACUUCGUGUGGUUUUCAAAGUAGGCGGGAAAUGUGCACUCCGUGGGCAACUUGUAUAGGAAUUAACCAUAACUUUUUACCACACACUUUGUAAUUGCUGUUAACUUCUGUGUACAAACUUCCAAGGUUUUGUAUAUUUGAGUGGAUGUUUGGACCUAGCAUCACUAUGGUAACUGUCUUUUUCUGCCUAUGAGGUCAUCGUUCCUGCCAAUCCAUUCCUUUCUGUAAGUGCAAAAAAAAAAAAGUCAAAGCUAUUAAUGUUAUCGGCUAUGUGAGCUGUGUAGUAAUUGUAAAAUGUACUACUGAUGAUCUUCUCUUCCUCUUCUAGGUUACCUUAGAUUAUUGCCUAAGAAAGGCAGUUAAUUCAAAAUUUCACAUUAACAAUGAAAAAGUGUACAGUUGUAGUCCCUUGUAAUCAAGUGCAAAAAGCUGGCCAAAGAAGAUAUUUGUAUAAAAUUGUGGUGCAGAGGCAUAAUUUAUCAGGGUUCUUUGUGAUUGUAAAUCAUCCAUAUCUGCUAACAGAGAAGUAGAUGGCAGGAUGUGAACAGGAAACAAAAAUGUUGAAAAUGAUUAUUUAAGAAGAUAGUAGUUGGGAUGAUACUGAUGAUGGAUCCUCUAAUUCAGAUGAAGGUUCCUAUACUGAAGCUGGUUAACAAACACUAUAUUAAUCAAAGCUUGUGCAUUUAAAGGCCAGUUCAGUCAUUGAUGGACUUCAGAAAGUAAUGUCCGUCCCCCCCACCGUGGCAUUGUAUGAGCAAUAUUCCUGAUCUCCACAAUCCUAUUUCUUUGGUGGUACACAGAGACAUAUGCAUACUUUGAACAUCCAGCCAUGUUUUAUUGCCACACAGAUUAUGUAUAUACUAACUCCCCAAACUCUAAAACAUGUCCUGCUGCCUGUGUGUUGUGAUGGGCUGUUGGAAGUUUGGACUGACCCUAUGGCCUUCUGAAGUUAUCUCAUUGACAUUCUAGGGUUCUAAAACUAUUCCCAUUCACACUUGCUGUGGGAAUCUUGCCUGUACUAGCAUACGGCCUUCUCAAAACAUUUCUGGGAAGGUUCUCCACCACUCAUUCAUAAGAUGUUUCUUCUCUGACUACUUCAUAUUAAAUUACUUCUGUUGCCCUCAUAACAGAUAGUUAUCAACCACUGUAUCAACCGUGUCAACGUGUAUUAUGAUUAUAGAAUAAAUAUACUGCCAAGUUAAA